AUGAGGGGGUUGAAAUGGUCUUCCAGAGGAAGAAAAUCGUCCUCAACUUCUGAAGAACGUCAAAAUCAUUCUAGCUCAAGAAGAGUGUCGCAUAGUAGCAAUAGCAGUCAAGAAGUUAGAACGCGAGAAUCUUCUCCCAGCGCAACACACAGGACUCUAAAAAAUAAUAGGCAAAUGACGCACGCAUCUAUUUUCAUUUCAGAUAAUAAUCGUUCUAAUAGGAGUCUCGCAUCGAGUCGAGAUUCCUCCACUGCAGAUGAGUCGAAAACAGACGACUCUUCGUCGCAAUUCAAUCCAUCGGAUGAUAAUUCGACCAUAAGCUCGUCAAAAACCUCCAUUGGUCGUCGUUCCAGUGUUUCUAUCUCAGUGUCCACACCUCUAACUCCUGAGAACUAUGACUCUAACGUUUUUAAGUCAGGGUGGGUGAAUAGGGCUCAUGGCUCCUUGUCGGCGAACAACAGGGAUAGUAGAAUAUACGGCGGAGGAUCAACUACAACUGAUAAUCAACAGCAUAAAAAUACAUUGGACUAUAAACUUUACAAAGCUGAAUUGCAGGGUUGUCUAUUGAACCUAUACAAGAGUGGCAUUGGUAAUGUAAAGUUUUUUGACCCAACUUUGCCAGCGCCAGCACACCUCCUGGGGAAUCCUAAAACUCCUAAAAGUCAAUCAGAAACCAGUACACAAAAAUUAAUCGAGCCUGAGACAAAGAUAGUCGAAACCAAACUCAAACACCUAAGUGAGCUAUAUCCACAUCCAGAUCUCAAUUUGGAUAAGGAUGGAAAAUUACUUUCUGGCUCUCCUGAGGCUCUUUGCCACAUGGUUCUUUUCUUCCCCCCAUUGAAUAGUAAUGAAACUCGGAAAAUAUUGGAUGUGUUACUCAUGCUUCCAUUGAUUGACAGAUUUGAGAAAUUUCUCCAAAUAUUUAAUCUUUUUGGAAUGACAUUCACAAAACAUAAGACUAAGUUGUUCAGCAUUGCAUUACAGCAUUACCAAGUCAAUCCCAAAAUUGACGCUUUGAUGACAGAAAGGUUAGCUCUUGUCAUAAAAACAAUACUCGAUGUUUUCCCAGGAUUCUUGCUUGAUGACAAUUUGUUUCCACUUAUUGUCAACUUAUUAGAUACCAUUUCACUGCAUAAUGACGAGAUAUCGAGUAAUUUGAAAAUAUCAAUUGUUGAAACACAAAAUAAGCUCAAUCAUCUCGUCGCUUUCUCAAAAAUGGAUACCGCCUCAUCUGAAAUUGAUUGUCUAACCGGAAUCGACAAUUUUAUGAAUCUAGAAAUUGAAGUUUUGGCUGAGCAAGUUCAUAAAAUUAAUAUGAAGUUCAUGAGAGAGUGGAGCCCUCAGAUGGAUUACUCUUUGCUAUAUGAAUCAAAAUUCAACGAAAAACACAUUUAUUUGAAUCCAAUGGUCUUCAAAAAUUCUACGAAUGUACACUACCUAGGAAGGCUUUUGGUUUCACAUCUUUUUUCUAGCAAACUAAAGAAGUCGCCAAAUAAGAGAGCGGAAAUUCUUUCUAAAUGGGUUCAUCUGGGGUGUAAAUUCGAGAAACUCGGUGAUAUGGUUUCUUGGCUCGCCGUGGCUACCAUAGUUUGCUCCAUUCCUGUACUCAGAUUGGGUACCACGUGGAAAUUCGUAGAGGACAGUGUCCUGAAAUUGAUCUUCAAAGACUGGGUCCCAACCAUUGUUCAACUUGAUAGAAGACGAAUGUCAUCGAAAUCCACUAAUAGCGUUUUUAUACUUGCUCCUCCUAAUUUGGAUGACACCUUCAUCAGAGCGAACGUGAUUCCAUAUUUCGGUGAUCUUGCAAUAAAUGCGAACGAUCUUCCAGCAGACACAAAAUUCAAGUAUCUUGAAAAGAAAAUACAUCGGACUAAGAAUGCCUUCUAUAAGUGGCAACAGCGCUUGGAACAAGCGAGCAAAAAUGAUUCAGGGGAAUCUAAAUUUGCUUUAACAGAUACCAACACCAGUGAAGCCAACUCACUUCAUCUCUAUGAUUACUUAAAAUUCCAUUUAGAGCAGGAACACAUGAACAUUGAGAAGAUAAUGGACCUGAGUCUGCAAUUGGAGCCCCCAAGAGUUAAUCAAAAGAAGUACUGCACGACCGUUCUACAACGAAGCUCACUAUUAACUGGAAGUUAUUUACCAGUGCUUUUCAAUGAUUUAUUUCCAAAUUAUUCUUUAUUUCCAAAGGAUUCUCUGAUUGGUGCUGCAGGGGUUUUCAACAGCAGAUCAUCCUCGGAUAGUAUUUCUGAGACUUCUUCACAUGAUUCCAAACUUCUAUCGAUUAGCAGUCCUGUCAGCCCCAUAAACAUCACUGACAUUAAGGAUAAGAACUCAAUUACCGGUAUAGAUGACAUCGACGAAACUGCAGCAAGGGAACUUUCUUCAAAGCUGUCAAAUAAGCAAAAGCUUCUCAAGUCCAUUCGUGAUGCAUUCAACAUUGAUAUGGAUCUCUUCCACGUUUCAGAUGACAUCACCUUUAAGUCAGUUUUUGACAUUGAUGGUAAAUCCAGACCAGCAAGUGUUGUAAUCGAAACUCACACAAGAGUGUCGCAAAAUUCGUCGAUAAACAGUUUGAGAGAUUCACAGGACUUGACACGUCUCAGCUCCAAUUUAGAGAAUCUAGACUUUUUCAAUGUUAUCGGCAAAUCAACAUCUGCCAUGAACGAUCCUACGAUAAGAGUGGUAUUGAAAUCGGCCACUCUUGACAGGCUCUUUGAUCUUUUAGUCUUGACAACUAGCAUCUUUUCAAAACUUGUGGAUACAAAAGAUUUCGAGAGAUAUUUCAAUCAUGAGAAAAAGCGGCUGCUCGCUCGCAAACAAGGAAAGGAAAAUACUUCUAUGGGCCCAUUGGAUUAUGCAUUCAUAAAGCUAACAAUGGAUAAUGAUGUUUUCACUGACACCUUUUUCAAGACAUACAAAAGUUUCACAACAACUACUGCUGUGCUUGAGAAUUUGGCGAAAAGAUUUAUUGGUGCAAUGAGCUGUGCUGUCUCCAUUUCUCGCUUAAUCAAUAGUGGAAAACGCAAGAGCCCUGAUGGUAUUACAGAAAACAGGUUUUCAGGGUUGUUCGACGUAUUAAACAGUUCAAAUUUUCCUGCUUGGGACUUGAAAAUUACCCAUCAGGACGAAUUAAAUCUCCUUUACGUUGCGAAAAUUCAAAUGGGAGCAAUGGAGGCUUUAUUGCACCUCGUGGGACUUCACUAUGCGGACUUUACUGAUUCGUUGGUUAACAACACAACAUUCUUGGACAUUCUUAAGAUUAUGGAUCAGGAGGUCAACGAAGAAUGGACCAAAAGGUUACGUGUGGCACAGGAGACAAAGUUUUCUCGACCUGAAUAUCAAGAUCAAGCAAAGGAGCUAGAAUCUCUGCAUACAAUUUUGAAAGAGUUAUUCAAGAAAAUAAAGACAUCUUAUCAGAGACAGCUUUACCGUCCCUUGGCGGUUAGUGCUGUCGAGAGACUGAUCCAAAGGGAGCUCGAAAAGUGCACAACCCGAUCUUUGUAUGAUAUGAAUCAGUUAGUGAAGGAUCAGCAUCUUGAUGAUGAGUUGGUACUUUCUUUCCACGAACUCACAUUUGACAAUUACAGCGGUAUUGCUGAAUGGGUAUACAAUCUUGAUGAACUAGUAUCGACAAAGAUGGCAUUAAUUUCAACCCAAGAUUGGGUUGACGUAUCGCAAUUGCUAGAAUUGUAUUCCAACGAAUCUCUGGUAUCAUUUUUCCAGUACCCGCUACACACAUACUCCUACCAUAUGCUGUCAACGGGAGAAAAUCGCUUAGACGAAUUCGAAAUAUCUGACAUUUUCAAAUGGUUAACAUCGUUAUUAUUGGAGAAUCGCAAACCUCUAUUUGACCGACUACCUCCAUCUGUACAGCUAGUAAUCAAUUUCCACAUGUCUCUGUCAAAGUUUUUCGUACUUGAGAUAGCGCAUUUAGACAAAACAUUCACGUCCAGAGUGAAUCAUUGUGCUGUGAUUUUGCAAAUUUUAAACUUUGUAAGAUGGAAAAACUCCUCGAUGGAUCUAUUUCAUGACAAUAAAUUGGAUCGAGAUUCUACAGUUAUUUCUCCACAUGUUCCGUCUUUUAUCGAAACGUCUGUCGUUACCGCCUUGGUUUGUCCAGAAUCUAGAUACUUUGAGAUGUUCUGGAAACUCGCAUACAAGGACCUUGCGGAGCCAGAUUCUCCUGAACUUAAGGACAUUUCAAAUAUUCUAAUGGGAAUUGAGAAUCAAAUAAAAUUCUUUGUGGAAUUUGAUGGUCUUCAAAUGGCCAAGCCUAAUAAUUUGUGUCCUUGUCCAGGUUGGCUUAUUCGAAGAUUACUUGAAAUUUCUGAGAUGGUCCCCAAUAUGAGUAUCGAGAACUCGAAAAUGAUCAACUUCGACAAAAGAAGGUUCGUAAACAAUAUAAUUGUCAACUUCAAGGACAUGCUGCCAUCACUUAAUGGGAGCGACGAGGCGGUUCUCAUUAGCAUCAUAGAAAAUCAGUCUAAAUCAAUUUUGUCAUAUCAUGUAUUGGACAUUGGGAAAAGGAAGUUCCGCAAGCGUUGCAAAGAAGUUGCAUCGAAGGAGGCUAAGCGGAAGAAAUUCCACACAGUUGGACUUUUCAAUAACCUUCUACUGGCAGAGGUUGACAAAGUCAAGAGAGAUCAGAAGAAGAAAGAGCAGCUUCUGUCCCAAGAGACCGAAUAUAAACGAACGGACACGAUAGAACGCAUUACGAAGAGUAGAAAUCGACUAAGCUCCUCGCCAUCCUUGCUCAGUAUCAAUACCAGUAAUUCAAAAUCCACUUUCAGUUCCAGUGAUAAUACAAACAGGUCUAAGAGAAGCUCAGUUGCAGUGUCUUCAUCUAGAAACUCAAUUCUAUCGAAUUCCACCCAUGGUAAUGGUAGUAUGGGAAGAAAACUGGGAGGUUUUUUCAAGAGACCGUUCUCUAUUGGAGGUUUCAGCACAUCAGCGUCGUCACAUUCUCUAAAUUCAAUCCUUUUAAAUGGUGUGCAAGCAAAUGGCUCCGUUUCUCCUCUUGAACUUCCGGAUGUUGGCUCAAGCGUUUUUAAAGAGGUGAAACCCUUGAUUACUAUCAAGACCUUCGAGAUCAAAUCUUGUGUUCCUGUCAUGGGCUAUAACAAACUUUUUUAUUUGGCUAAUUGUUUUAAGAUUGUAAUGGAGAACGGCAAUGAACACCUCAUCCAGGCUGCAAGUUCAAAUGAUAUGUUCGAAUGGUUAAAAGUUAUUACACUAUCCAAAAGAUAUUCUUUUCAUUCUCAAAAGUUCAAGGGAAAAACAUCAAAUAAAAUAUUUGGGGUUCCAAUUGAAGACGUAUGCGAACGUGAAGGUGGUAUUGUUCCUAACAUUGUCGUAAAAUUACUUGAGGAAAUCGAGCUACGAGGCCUCGAUGAAAUGGGCUUGUACAGAGUACCGGGUUCAGUAGGGAGUAUUAAUGCCUUGAAAAAUGCUUUUGAUGAAGAAGGAGCGGUUAGUAAUUCAUUCACUUUGGAAGAUGACCGCUGGUUUGAAAUCAAUACCAUAGCCGGUUGUUUCAAGUUGUAUCUGCGCGAACUUCCUGAGUCAUUGUUUACAACUGAAAAGCUACCACAAUUUGUUGAUUUAACCUUAAGAUUGAACAGCAAUGAAAUUGAGUAUGAUAGUUUUAAGGCAGAAAUGGCUGAGAUGCUGAGAAGUUUGCCGGUGUACAAUUUUCAUAUGAUGAGAAGGAUCUUCGAGCAUUUGAAGAGAGUUGACGAACAUGUCGACAAUAAUCGUAUGGAUGCCACGAACUUAGCUAUUGUUUUUUCAAUGAGCUUCAUAGAUCAAGAUGAUUUAGCUGCCAGCAUGGGUCCAACAUUGGGCGCACUUCAAACUACGUUGAAAUUGUUCAUCAAAAAGCCUGGAGAUUUUUUUUAA